UUCGAAAAGGACAUCUACCAGCUCAUCCGCGGCCUGCGUGCCCGCAAAGGCACCGAGCGCGAGUACAUCGCCGAAUGCCUCCGCGAAUGCCGCAAAGAGAUUCGAUCCCAAGACAUGGACGCCAAAGCCACGGCUCUGCUGAAACUGGUCUACCUCGAAAUGUUCGGCCACGACAUGUCCUGGGCUUCGUUCAACGUGCUGGAAGUCAUGUCUUCGGGGAAGUACUUGCAAAAGAGAGUGGGAUACUUGGCGGCUGUGCAGAGUUUCCGGCCGGAUACGGAGGUGUUGAUGUUGGCGGAAAAUCUGCUGAAGAAGGACUUGAAUUCGGCGGAUAAGGCUACGAUUGGAUUGCCGUUGGCUACGAUUCCGCAUGUGGUGAAUCCGAGUAUGGCGAAUUCGCUGUUGACGGAUUUGCUGCCGAGGUUGUCACAUUCUAUGCCGGCGAUUAGGAAGAAGACGAUUGUCACGUUGUACCGCCUGGCGUUGGUAUAUCCGGAGACACUGCGGCCGGCUUGGCCCAAGAUCAAAGAGAGACUGCUGGAUGAGGACGAGGAUCCAAGUGUGACUGCGGCGAUUGUGAAUGUCGUGUGUGAGCUGGGAUGGAGGAGACCGAACGACUUCCUUCCUCUUGCACCGCGGCUGUUUGAGUUGUUGAAGUCUGGGAACAACAACUGGAUGGCGAUCAAGAUUAUCAAACUGUUCUCGGUGUUGACGCCACUAGAGCCGCGACUGGUGAAGAAGCUGCUUCCACCACUGACAGAACUCAUCAAGACCACGCCUGCGAUGAGUUUGUUGUACGAAUGCAUCAACGGUAUCAUCCAAGGCGGAAUCAUGGAGGCGGCAGAAGGAACCACACAAGGCGACGAGAUUGCACGAUUGUGCGUGAACAAGCUACGAGGGAUGCUGAUAAUGGCCGGAGAUCCAAAUCUUCGAUAUGUGGCGUUGCUGGCUUUCGUCAAGAUCACAAGUUCGCACGCGGAUCUGGUCUCUCAACACCAAGAUGUCAUUCUCGAGUGCAUCGACGACGCCGACAUCUCCAUCCGUACUCGAGCGCUUGAUCUUGUGGUUGGAAUGGUGAAUGCGAGCAAUCUGCAGACUGUGGUGGAGAGACUACUACGGCAGCUUCGAACAGCAGGCAAGGCUUCUGCAGCGGAUGAGCCGGAGAACGAUCGUGGACUUCAUGAUGGCAUUAUCCCCAUGGCGGACGACGACGACGCAGAUGCGCAGGCCGCGAUCAGAGCGAGGGAGCAGAAGUCGAAACAAGCACCGCCAUUACCAGAUGACUACCGCACUUCGGUCAUUGAGAGGAUUCUCGAAAUGUGCUCCGCGGAGACGUAUGCGAAUAUGAGUGAUUUCGAGUGGUACAUCGGCGUGUUGGUGGAGCUGGUCAAGCAAUGUCCAUCGUCUUCUUCGGCAGGGAAAUUUGGCUCGUCGGUCAAAGACCAGAGCAGUGUCGCCGACGCCAUUGGCGCGGAAUUGCUGAACGUCGCAGUCAGAGUAAAGGCCGUGCGACCCGAAGCAGCAGCAGCCGCCCAGUCUCUGCUAAUGCUAGACCUUCGAGCUGAGCUCUUCCCUGAAGGCAGCACCAGCAGCGGACAAGGCGUGUUGACAUCCGCCGCCUUCAUCGCCGGCGAAUACGCCCUUCUUCUCCCCAACCCGGACGCCGUCAUGACCUCCCUCCUCGAUGAGUCAAACGCUCACCUCCCCGCCGAGACCCUAACAAGCUACCUCGAAGCAAUACCCAAAAUUUUCACAGCACUAACAUCCUCCGCCGACACUUCCUGGUCCAUCAACCGCAAAGACACCACCGCCCUCCUCAUCGCCCGCGCCAUCCACUUCUUCGAACCCCUCACCCUCCACCCCGCGCUGGAAGUACAAGAACGAGCCGUCGAAUUCCUCGACCUCAUGCGCUUAGCCGACGAAGCAGUCUCCAACCAAACUCUCCCCUCACACCCGGGAGACUACGCCGAACCACCCCUCCUCCUCACUCAAGCCAUUCCCUCCCUCUUUUCCGCCGCCGCGACCGGCGAGCUCAAUCCCGUCGCCGCGUCCGCUGUGCGCAAAGUCCCCAUCCCGGAGGACCUCGACCUUGAUACACCUAUCAACCCGGACCUGCACUUCAUCCUCAGCCAAGCAGACUAUGAUACCGACGCCACGGCCGAAGACGAGGACACGAAUGAAGUCUACAAAUUCUACCACGAGAAACCCACCCGCUUCACCUCUUCCAAUACGACCUCUUCCUCCCUCCGCCCCGCCGCCGACCUCCUCGACCCAGCCGCCCGCUCCUCGUCCUACCAGUCAGACGCGGGCAUAGACGACCACAUCGACCGCGACGCUCUGCUCCGCAAAAAAGCCGAAAGAAAAGAACGGAAUCGCGACGAUCCCUACUAUAUCGACCCGGAUCGUUCGCGGGGUGGGUCCGGCACCUCUACACCCCUACAUCGUAUUCUCAAGGAGGGGAAUGAAGGGUUGGAUGUGGAUGAUAUCCCGGUGAUGGAAUUGAAAUUGGACGACAUAGCUGACAGCGCGCCGAGGAGGGCUGGUGGAGAAGAGGGGAGGAAGAAGAAAAGAAAGGAGAGGAAAGUUUUUGAAAUCGCAGCCGACGAGACCGUGGGUGGGGAGGACUCUCCAGUCUCAACACGUCGACCUGAUCGGAUGGCGGGUAAAAGUGCGGUAGGAGUGGGGAAAAAGUCCUUGCUUCAAUUGGAUAGUAGUGCGCUUUCUACCCUUUCCCUCGAAGACGACGAGAAGCCCAGGGGAGGGAAACUCGACUUUGAAAGGAGAAUUGUAGAAGAGGAAGCCAUGGCCAAAGCGAUUAGGGAGGUGGAGAGGGCGAGGUUGGAGAUGCAGAGGAGGGAGGAGGAGGUACAGGGGACGAAUGAGAUGGUCGUCAGAAGAAAGACAAAGAAGAAGGAACGACGGGUUGUUGUUGAAGGGGAGGGCGAAGCCGGC